CCUAUAAGCCCUUUUCAAGCAUUUUAUUUUCCUGAAGAAAUAUUUCUUUAUUAAAAUACCCCUGCUUCUUGGGUUUACUUGAUCCAACAAAAGUACGUACUGCCGAUGUUAUCCCAUAAAUAGAAGGGCAAUUUCGUAAAGUGGACAUUUUGUAAACGGCCACAUUGUCUCUCUUCCCGGUUCUCACCUUAAUUUCUGUGAAAUUUCUCAAUCAAAGUUCAACUGAUCUCGUCUGACUUUCUCUCUCUCCUCUCAAAAUGGUCGCUUCUUCUUCUCGCCUUCUCUCAUGGUUGCCGUUCUUCCUCUUCAGACCUCUCAAGUUCUUUGCAUUUUCGGAACCAAAACCCUAGAGCUUCGAUCUUUCUCAUCGCUCCGGCUGGGAAUGAUCACCAUUAAAAUGACCGAAAUCGCCUUCGAUUUUCUCUUGCCUUCGUGGUGGGAGAUUAAGAUCACUGUUGUGGCGGCAAUCUUCAUUAUCGCUGCUUAUUCUUUUUUCUCUUUUGGAGGAGAAGGAGUCGAUGAUGAGUGCCCCCCUCCUGACGAGGAACCGGAACCGAUAGACCAGUUGAAUGGAGAUUCUCAAAGCAAUUCUGCAUAUGAAAUCAAGUUGGAACUGUUAGCAGCUAAGAAUCUAAUUGGUGCAAACCUGAAUGGCACAUCAGAUCCAUAUGCUAUCAUUACUUGUGGUGAACAAAAACGAUUUAGUUCCAUGGUUCCUGGCUCAAGAAAUCCAAUGUGGGGAGAAGAGUUCAAUUUUUUUGUUGAUGAACUUCCUGUCCAGAUUAAUGUGACUAUAUAUGAUUGGGAUAUCAUUUGGAAAAGCACAGUUCUUGGUUCUGUUACUGUUCCUAUUGAAGGUGAAGUUCAAACUGGAGCAGUCUGGCAUACACUAGAUAGCACAUCUGGGCAGGUUUGUCUCCAUAUCAAAACAUGUAAACUUCCUGUGAAUUCUUCCAGGGUCUUGAAUGGCUAUGCUGGAGCCAAUGCUCGAAGAAGGAUUUCUAUUGAUAAACAAGGUCCUACUGUGGUUCAUCAGAAACCUGGGCCUUUACAAACUAUAUUUAAUUUACUUCCUGAUGAGGUUGUUGAACAUAGCUAUUCAUGUGCACUUGAGAGAUCAUUCUUGUAUCACGGUCGUAUGUAUAUCUCUACAUGGCACAUUUGCUUCCAUUCUAAUGUGUUUUCUAAGCAAAUGAAGGUGAUUAUUCCAUUUGAAGAUAUAGAUGAGAUGAAGAGGAGUCAACAUGCAUUUAUUAAUCCUGCUAUUACAAUUAUUCUCCGUAUGGGUGCUGGUGGACAUGGUGUGCCUCCAUUGGGAAGUCCAGAUGGUAGAGUCAGAUACAAAUUUGCAUCAUUUUGGAACAGAAAUCAUGCAAUUAAAGCUUUGCAACGUGCAGCAAAGAACUUUGAUGCUAUGUUAGCAGCUGAAAAGAAGGAGAAGGAAGAGUCUGCAUUGCGUGCUCAAAGCAGCUCUGUCAGAAGCAAUAGGAGACAGACAAAAGUUCCUGAAGACGAAGUUCCUAAGGCUGGAAAAUUCCAAGCUUUUAUCAAAGAUGAAGUUCUAGUUGGUAUUUACAAUAAUGCUUUCCCCUGCACAGCAGAGCAGUUCUUUAAUGUGUUAUUGGCUGAUGAUUCAGAUUUUACAAAUGAAUACCGGUUAGCACGAAAGGAUACUAAUCUUAAUUUGGGUCAGUGGCAUGCCGCAGAUGAGUAUGAUGGUCAAGUCAGAGAAAUAACGUUCAGAUCUCUUUGUCACAGCCCCAUGUGUCCUCCAGACACAGCCAUGACUGAGUGGCAGCAUGCUGUUUUGUCGGUGGAUAAGAAAGCAUUGGUGUUUGAGACUGUGCAACAGGCACAUGAUGUUCCAUUUGGAUCUUAUUUUGAGGUCCACUGCAAGUGGUCCUUGCAGACCAACUCUGAAACCUCCUGUAAUCUAGAUAUAAAAGUGGGUGCACAUUUCAAAAAAUGGUGUGUGAUGCAAUCCAAGAUUAAAGCAGGAGCUAUCAAUGAGUAUAAGAAAGAAGUGGAGUUGAUGUUGGAUUUAGCCCGUUCAUAUCUCAAGUCAAAGACUGCCGGUAUUGAAAUCAAUGAAGUGGUGAUUCCUCCCUCCAUAUCACAAGACAGGUGAUAUUGCCAAUAUCAAAUUAGCGGGUGUAUGUUGGCCCAACAGAUAUCCCUGUAAUUCUUUUCUUGUAUCAGUAUUACAAUCUGAUUUGUUGUCCCAAAACAAUGCUUGUUUUUGGUUUUGUACAUCUUAUGUAUCGCUGCCCUGUAUUCUUGGAAAAGAACCAGUGGCGUGUUACCCUUGUAAUACUCCUGUGUGUAAUGCCAAUGGGAGUUUUCUGCAACAUGAUACAUGGACAAAGGUGAAAGUUUGUUUCAUAUUUUAGCAGUAGGGUGCUUUGUGAAAUGCAUUUAUCACUGAACCAUUUGAUCAUGGCACAGAUAACUUAGAGCUUAUAUUGUAUGUGUUUAAAGGAUGGAUUUACUGAUUUA